GAAUGCAGACAGACAUGUAUUGUAUAUUUAUGUGAGAGGCUUGUUCCCUUCAACACAGGGCUCUUCGGUUUCGCACUUGUCCUCGGCCUGCGUACAGCACGCACAUGCUUUACUCAAUGCCUUUAACAUGCCGGUGAUUGUGGCUGUGUGUUUGGUCUAGUCCUCCUGGAUCUAUGUAUAUUCACUUAGAUCUGCUGAUACAGCAAAAAAAAAAAAAAAAAAAAAAAAAAAAACGUUGCGACUUUGAUCACAGAAAGUUUGAAUUCUUUUUCUCUCCCGGUGGAUUUAUAUUGGAUUAAGGUGUGCUGGAUAUACAGUAAUUCAUCACUGAGGGUGUAGGAAGUGAGGGAGGCGGCAGAAAUAAACUCCACUUGAGCAAACAAUUGACUCGGUAUGCCGGUAUGAAUCAAGUCUUGGAGGGGCCAUAUGCUGAGUGUCUGUAUGUGUUUGUGUGAACCGUCCAGGUGAUGGGAACAGAUAGCAGGAUAAUAACGAAGAUCUUCAGCUUCAUUCUCUUAAAUGCUAUGUGAUAGGUCUUGUUAAGCUGUAAUUCCCAUUAUAUAUGCACCUACAGACUCGCCCACUGACACAGUGGUGUAUGGAAACCCACACUUCGUCCAUGUGGCUGGUGACUUUUAGAACUGUUGUGUGAUUCACUCAAGAUUUUAAAAGUACUGUUAGGUGUGUUGCCUCACUCUACAUUCUUGUUGGUCAAGCUGGUCACUCGUGAAUUUAUGGUCGUCUGAACAUAGUAAACUGUUAUCUUUCUGACAGUCAUUGCUCAACAGCCAUGAGAUCAAAGGAACAUACUUAAUGAGUUUUACAUAUACAUGAUAUAAAACGUUGGCCAGUGACUUUACUGAUAAAUUACUGCACUCUGGUUUUAUUCCACAAUACGUUUCUGUCUGUUGAUACGUAAAGAUGUCUCACAACUCUUCUGCUCGAGUUUGCUUUGUUUUUAAAUAUUAACUGGAUUCAUACGUUUUUCACUUUAAUUUGUGGUACAAAAACAAAUCACUGAAGUCACAAACAAACUUGGGAAAGUUAUUUUGAUUUCGAUUUAGAAUAGGAAAGGAAUUCACAAACUUGAGAAAACUCUUUGGAUGUUUACCUAGAUUGUUUACAUAUAAUAACUGGAGUCACUAACUUGAGAACGUUGUUUGAAGUUUUGACUUGGAAUGUUUACAAACCUCCAUUUCACUCACCAACUGGAAGUUGAAAUUUUGACCUAAUGGUGAUUGUAUUGUUUUACUAACAAAUGGACCAACAUUCCAUUAUGCUUAUUUUCGGACCAGAGGGAACAAGUUGAAAUAAUCAGACAUUUGCUUCUGAUUCCUUGACUGACUGUUCCAGCUUUCUCAGCUGAGCCCACGCGGAUGUUGCAUGCGGUAUCAAUUUUGGAGGAACUGGUCUGUGGAAGGCCCUGCUGACCAACUGGUACUUGGUGUGUUUGUGUAUUCUAUUGAUUGUGACAUGCCUGCUGGCCAGGUAUAGGCAUUAAGUACUCCAUGUGGAGAAUUCCACAUCCCAGAUGGAAUCGGACCAUUGUAAAUAGGAAUUUUGAUGUUUGCAGGCUUUUUUUGUUUUGUUUGGUUUGGUUUCUUGACCUUUGUUAAUAUUACUUGACUCUGUGCCGGGUUAAUGGGACUAAGCUUGUACACCUGUAGUUUGGCGAUACUACGAAGGUGUUGACGGUCGGCGUAUAGAAGACAUGAUGGUGAUGCGAUACUGUGGAGGUGGUCAGUUAAAGAACUUGUCAUACAAAGUUGGUGUUGGUGCUUUUAUAUAAAGUUGUGAUUCAAAGUUGGUGUUGGUUUUAUAUAAAGACGUGGUGCUACAAAGUUGGUGUCGAAUUUACAAAGGAGACUGUAAAAUGAAGAUCAGCCUAUAAUUUUACCCACAAGUCAAAGCUUUUAUGUUUAUAGCCUUCCACCAAGGAAAAUAUCUAGCCACCAGAAAUUUGUUUGCUAACAAUCUGUUCACACCUACUUCUGGGAAAGACAAGGCAAACACUCAAAAGUGUGUGUGGAAUUUUAAAUUUAUCUUUAAGAACUGUGUACUGAUUUACUCAGGCUUAUCUUUAUAAGCAUACUAAUGAUGAGAUGUUAACGUUGAUGAUUUAUUCCGAAGUGGCCAGGCAGUCUAGGAACAUGUACUUAGUUAACACGAGAACGGUGGUGAGUGGCAGAUUAUGACCACCGUUUCUCAACACAAGAGCAGUGGUUUGGAGCAGACAUGACCACCAUCGUUCCUCAUGAAUAAAGGAGUGUCCUGAAUGUAACCUUUAUCGCCUACAACAAAAUAUGUUUUGAGAAGUGCAGAUAAAGACUCAAGUUUUUCUCUAAAUCUCUGAGUGAUGAGUUCCAAGGACAACCUGUUAGCUGCUGUUAUCUCCCGUCUUGGAGAUAUUUAUGGUGUGGAUUUAUUCUCAGAUUUAGCUGGCUGCAUGCAGAUCCCACCCACCCACACCUUCACACUAAAGACUUCUUUGACUGCAGAUGCCACUGAAUAUUUCAUCACAUUUCAGUGUUGUUUUUACAUCUAAUUUGACUCAGACAUUCCAGAAUAUGGACUUUUGCCACAUGAAGAUAUAAGAUAUAAUCUCCAUUCACAAGAGAACAGUACUCAAUGUUAUCUGGCAAUUGUCAAGAUGUGCUGUUUUUUAUUUUGUGCAUGGGAAAUGUAAGAAAGUAGAACCGGCUCACGUAAGCUGGUGACGCCUAGCAUGUCUGUUUAGUCUUGGAGACAACAUGUUUCACAACUGUGGCAACAAUGCUGAUCAUUCAUGAUUUCACUGAAAGGUUCCUGGUGCCCACCGACUUUUAGUUCGGCUCCGAUGUCUAGUUCUGAUAACUGAACAGAAAGGUUCUUUUUACAAGACAUGAUUCAUACAUUGUGACCCAACAUGUUGAUUUAAAGUAGUUGUUAAUAGUGUGAAAUGCUUGUUCAAAGCAGUUGGUGUAGAGUGCUGGUUUAAAACAGUUAUUUAUACUAGUGUAAAGAAUUUGUACAAUGGCUGCAAAAUACAAGAAGAACAAAUUUUAUGUGUGUGAAAAUGACACUGAUUAUAAUAUGUCUGAUUCGGAUUCAUCCUGUUCCGAGUCUGGUGAUCAUCUUACCCCACAAAUGAAGAGUGUACGUUCCGGUAACAUCCCUAGAGUUCAACUCCUACAGAACCAGAGUCUGGUCGGUCAAAUCAACAACCGAAACUCUAUGUGCUGGGACGAGUUCUUUGGAUCUUCACUGGACUUGGCACCAUCUCUUCUGACAAUAUAUGACAGUAUAGCCGCCGGUAACAGCCCACCAGACACUGGACUUGCCAAAACUGAUGGCAAAUCCAAAUCCAAGUCCUUACCUGGUUCAGCGUCUGCUCGAGAGAUGAAAAGUUCCGUCUUCAAGGUGUACAAUAAAGAGCGACCCAAAACAAUGAUUGACCCCACUGGUGACAAGGACGACGAUGUCGACACUGCCGACACCAAGAAACGUCCACUCAGCAUCAGUUCAUCCUCCUCCGCAUCUUCAUCAUCGCUGACGCGUCACCAACGGAAACGGCCAAAUUUAACAAUCUGUGAUGAACACCAUAAAUCUAACGGAAAUGCAGUUGAUUGUGGCAGUAAUUCUCACGGUGAUGUGAAUGGAAAUUCUAAAAUUGGUGACAUGGAGUAUGAGACCUCCCCAUCAGGAUGUGAUACUUCACCCAUGGAAACUAAUGUGGCGACGGAAUCUAGUUUGGGCAGUGCUAACGGAAGCCCCACUGGAUCCGGAGAUACUUCUGUGCUUCCAGGUGGUAAAAAGGUGACAAAGUGUGCCAAGAGAUCACACAAUGGGUCUGCUUCACCUCCUGCAUCACCUAGCACAGAUGUAGAUUCAAUAUCUACUUCCAAAAAGAUGGGCAACUUGAAUUCUGUGUCGGAAAUUAAGAAUAAAGCUUCAACUUUGCCAUCAGUUUCGAGGCAGAAGAGUUCUGAAGGAAUGCCUUCGUCAAACAAUAAGACGACUUCUUCCAGUAACCAUGUCUUACCCUCCUCUCCCACCAGCCCCAAGUCUUCCAGUACAGCUAGAGAUGCCUCAUCUACAUCCUCUAGUGGAGGGUCCAAGCCUCACUAUGUUAGUUAUGUUCAGAGAGUCGUCUCGGAAAUCAUUGAUUCAGAGAGAAUUUAUGUUAAGAGUUUGGAAGACAUUAUACAGGGGUAUCUGGAGUACUUAGAAAACAACUCCAAGGUGAAGGUCACAGACAAAGAUCUGAAAUGUCUAUUCUCAAACAUUCGACAGAUCUACGAGUUUGGCAGGUUGUUUCUAUGGGAACUGGAGCAGUGUGAUCGAGAACCGGUGCGGGUUGCCGAGUGUUUUGUGCGUAACAACGAGGGAUUUGUUAUCUACACGGACUACUGCACAAACUACCCCAGUGCAGUGGAAGUGCUCACUCGCUUUAUGGCCGACCCGAACAUGUCUGAAGUGUUUAAGAACCGGCAGUUCAUCCUGGGACACGGGCUGCCCCUGGGCGCCUACUUACUGAAACCUGUACAGAGAAUUCUCAAGUACCAUCUUCUCCUUCAGAAUAUAUUGAAAUUCUUCGAGAAGGAGAAGCCAGGGUACAGUAUUCUGGACCAGGCGUUCAAACACAUGACACAGAUGGCGCACCACAUCAACGAGAUGAAAAGAAAACACGAACACGCGGUGCGCAUCCAGGAGAUUCAGAGUCAGCUGGAGGACUACGCGGGCAAAGAUCUCACCUGUCUCGGAGAACUCGUCCUCGAGGGUUCAUUUAGAGUGUAUGGAGCAAAAGCAUCCCGCCAGGUAUUCUUGUUUGAGAAGGACAUUCUUAUCAGCAAGAAGAAGGAAGGCGGCAUGUUGGGUUGUAAAGCACAAGUUCAGAUGGCGAAUCUGAUGCUGGUGGAAGUCAUUCCGAAUGAACCUCUCAGUUUUCAUAUCAUUCCUUUUGAUAAUCCACGAGCGCAGUACACCCUUCAGGCACGUAACAUGGAGCAGAAGCGGCGAUGGUGUCAGGAAAUUAAACGUCUGAUCCUGGAAACUUACAAAGGGAAGAUACCAGACAAUGUCAAGGAUCUGGUCAUGGAACUUGGACGCAAUCACGAUGAUGAUUAUGUGAACAGUGAAAACCACGACCCACGACGACAGCACCAUACAGCCCCAGAGUAUCUGGAAAAAAGACGAAUCCGGCGAAAGUCUGGAAGUAAAAUGCCAGAUUUUAGUCUGCUGAAACCACAGAAAGCAAAAAAAGCACCUAGAAAACAAGAAGAUAAGAGUCCUUCUCCAUUGAGACAGAGGAGAUCAGCUCCUUCACUGCUCAAGUCAGAACCCUCUCCUGAUAAAUCAAAGGGUCAUUUGCAAAGAGCUACCUCCAAUGAUUCAAGCAAAAAUUCAAAGGAGACAACUCACAGGAAUCUGUCUCCAGUGCAGCAAUCUCCUCAGAUGAAAGCCAAAUCUGAGACUUACCAGUCACAUGCUUCUGCCGAUGACAUCAACAUCCGUCCCGUCAAAACUCACACAGAUCAGGCAGCAGUGGCAGAAAACAUCCGCAGAGCCAAGAGUUUCCGUAAAGCCACCCGAAUGAGACCAGUGAAUUCUCAGGAUUUAAGUGACUGGCCCAUAUUAAGCAAAUCGCCAAAUGGCACAGGUGGCUCUGAUUCUGAAAGUGACGUAGAUGACCCAAAUCUAACGAAAGAUGGAUUGAAGGAAUAUAGUGAUUAUGUCUUUGGUAGCAGGUCUGAUUUAUCGGACGAUGAACGCAUUGAUACGCAGGCCGAAGCAGAAAUCGACCAGUACUGUAGUUUACCCGUGUUGCCUCAUCAACGUGUUGUUCUUCCUUCACCAGAGAUUCAUUUCGACACUGUGCGUAGUCAGGAAUCAAAAAGCAAUGAAAAUAUCUUACCAAAGCCCCAGUCGAGCAGUCCGCACUCUUGGAAAAAGAAUAAGUCAAAAUCGACCGACAGUGAUGUAACAAAUCUGAUUGAAAAAAGGCUGAGUAACUCCAGUAUGAAUCCCGACAACAAGAAAGUGAAUGCCUUCAAUGACAGUUUUUCUAGGAAGUCACAGCAGAGUCUGGUAUCUCGAGCACUCCGCAUGCCAUUGGUAUCUUCACACUUGUCACUGGAUGGAGAGAAAGUCUUAAAAGAGGGGAGUAAAGCUAAACUAACUAACUGGAGCAGUACAGAAAAGCUCACUAAAGGUUCGAUGAAUGAUGUCUCGUACCUUUCGGAGGAUCCGUGGGUGAAAAAUGUGGAAGACACAGAUGUGAAGGUGUCCAAAGAAAGUGUUAACAUGAACAACAUUAGCAGGCCUAGAAAUUCAUCAGAUGCCAGUGAGCUUCGACCAAGAGAGAAUAUUGACUGGAUGGUGUAUGUGAAUCGUAAUUCUCUCAACGAGAAUCCAGAACAGCUGAGAUUCUUUGCCAAGCACUGGACCCUGCCCCGAGUUCCAAUGUCUCCUCCAGUUGUUGAGAACAAUAAACGGCGAUCUGUCACUCCACCUUCGAGUCCUAGUCGAAUAAAGAGCCACGAUGUGUUUGUUAAAACAGUUGGUCCUGCUGAAGCUGGACCAACAGAACAUGACGUUGUCCUGAAUCUAUCACCCAUUUCUCAGACCAGUGGUGUGCUCUUGGUUCCAUCAAUAGUGGUGUCAAACUCGUCUUUACCAUCAUCGCCAAAACAUUACCACCACCACAACCACCACCACCAUCAUUUCCAUCGACAUGGAAAGCCUUAUCUCUUAAGAUCUAAUUCAACACCUAUGUCGAAGUCGAGGAUAGACGCUCUGAACAUGUUUGAUAAAAACCGACCAGCAUCACUCGACUAUGACGUGUUGGACAGUGACAAGAUGGUGGCUGAGAUGGAAGAUUACAUGAAGAAUUCGUCCUCGGAGUCAUCGUUCGCAAACAAGUUUCCUAAAGAUCUUCCAACUCUUAAUUACGAUGAUAUCGCCAAGUCCAAACGCUUGUCUUGUGCAUCAUCCGUAUCCACCUCAUCCUACGACAGUCAUUCCAGCAGUUCAACAGAAGGUCUGAUGGACACACUCAAACACAAGAUCCACAACUGGACAUCCAGGAUUGCCAAGCGAAUGGAAGACAGCGAUCUCAAUUCCGGAACUUCUAGCGUGUCGGACGUUCGUCCGUCUUCUCUGGUGAUGACUGAUGAUGAGAAGUGGGAUGAUGACAAAGCUAAAUGUCCGUCUGAAGAAAAGGGAGUCACAAGACUUCAGAAACAGCUGCAGGAAGAUGCCGAGUUGCAGACUUUUUUACGGCAGCGAGGUCUUGGAGGUGGGUCCAUUGGUUCUCGGAUGGCUCACACUGUACCCACAAGUGGUGAAGAAACUCUGCUGAGUCAGAAGAAUCGUCCCCACAAUGCUUGUUUGUUGAGGGGAGACAACGAUUCAUUGUCAUCGUAUGAACUCUCUAGCAAAGAAAGUACUCCAGAACCUCAGUCAAGAUUUUCUCUUCCAGCCUCAACAUCAGCUGUUGAAAGCUUUUUACCACUUUCAGUAAUGGCAGCUUCAUCAGAUGUGCAGCAGUCAGAUUCAGGUUUCUCCAUGCAGAGUGAUGUGACUGAUUCAUUUUCCACAGAAAACAUUGCAGGGUCUUCCAAAGAAACCUUGAUGGACAAAGAAAAACAAAUUAGUAAUUGUGAAUCCAAAGAAACUUCUAAAGAUCAAUCUGAUGGCAGGAUUUCACGACUGAAAAAGAAACAAGAUAAUUCUCCAAAAGAGAAAAGAAGAAACAGAACUCAUUCCGGUUCAUCGGCCGACUCUGUAGACAGUUUUUACGAGCGGCGUCUUUCCGUUGCUUUUGAAUCCGAAGUGUUUCACAAUCUUCCACCUGUAGGCGACCAACAGUUGACAACAGCCAUGCCUUCUCCAAGGAAACCUAUAACAUCCAUCCGGGAUUUUGUACAGCUUCUGGAAGAACGCAGCAAACCGAAGCUCCCGCAGACUGUGGAGGUGAAGAAACGCCAGCCCGGGUGUAUGAUAAAACAGAGACUGCAGAAUCUACAGGAAGCAUCUCAGUACAAACGAGGCAGUCGGCCAACCAGUGAAGAGAGAGAACUGAUGCCUCCCAAGUCAAUUAAAGACAUGCAGGCAGCUUUGGUACACGAAGCGAAAACGCUGAAACAAGCUCCAAGUUUUGGAACACUCCACUGUGGUACACUGAAUCCGAACCCAGCAUCAAGUCAGGUUUCACAUGUUGUUUCAGUUGCUGCAAACAGCCAUGUGCCCUGUUCAGUGGCAGCAUCAUCGUGUCUUAAUGCCAGCUCUUCAACUAACACAACAGCACAUCAGUUUAACACCGCUCCGGUCCACUCUCAUUCCAUGGCACGUAUCCACAGUUACCCAAGUACAACAAUCAACAGUGCACAUCCCACUCUGGGCAUUGCCAGUGUUCAUCCCUCUCUGGGUGUUGCCAGCACCCAUCCCUCUCUGGGAGUGAGCACUUCUUUGAGUGGGUCGAAUACGUCGAUCAACUCGAGCUGCUCUAGCAGCGUGAACCUGUUUGGGAACCAGCUGAUGUCGAGUUACCAGCGUGCGGAGUCGGAGCAUGGGUUCGACACACCGGCCAUGUACAGCGACCUGCAGCCCGCGCGCUCUCUCGGCCACCUCGACCAGCUCAGCACCGAGGUGGAGAACCUUGUCAUCAUGAAGGGCUGGGUCAGAUCACUCAUCAGCAAGUUUCAGAACGAAGGCUGAGGUGACGAGGGGAGAAAAGAUUAGUUGAUGGUAAAGUAAGAUGAAACCGACAUUGAUGUUGAUUACCAUUUUUUUUAAAGAUAUGUACAAUUAGACUUGGUGGCUGAAAAGGAACUGCUGUUAAAUUUAUUAUCAAGUCAUGGUUCAGUGAAUGAAAUGGAACUGAUUUUUAUUACCAUUAAACAGUUAACAGUGAAGCACAGUUUAAUGGUGGAUGAAUCAAAUGGUAUCCUGUCCUGAAACAGUCACUUGUUCGUAACCUAGUUACAAAAUGUCCUUAUCGACUGAUAUGCUGUUAAUAGUUCAUCAUCAGUGGACAGCAGGUUUUUGUUCUGAUAAAUGUUUUAAUAUAUAUAUAUUAUAUACACACAUAUAUUAUACACACACACACACACACACACACACACACACACAGACAUACAUUUUAAAAAUCAUUAUAGUUUUGGGGAAUUUUUACACAAAUUACCAUGAAAUAAAAAUAGUAACAAUUUUGGAUAACAAACUUAAAAACAUAUUCCUGCUUGUAUUUUUUGUUUUGUAGGUGGGUAAAACAAAAGACUUGACAAUGUUGUUCACGAUGUAAUCAUUAUUCCGUUUGUUUACUCAUUCUUUGAUGAUGUAUUGAACAUUUAAUUUUUAUUACCCAAACUAACACUCGUAUGGGAAAAUAUUACAUUCAUAAUACAAUUACCACAUUACUGGACAAUUUAUGGGGGAGGGAGGGUAGUGUACUUUUUGUUAGUGGGUUUUUAUACUUGUACAUACACAAUAAUAAAAAGCUAUUUCAGAAAUAUAUAUAUAUAUAUACACGUCAAUGAAUCGUUUUAUAUACACUUUACAAACAUGCCAUCUCAUUGUAUUCAUUCUAUAUAAAACUGUUAUUACUGGUGUGGUAUACAAGUGUUUCAAGUAAAUAUUUCCCUAGAUAAGAGAACAACGUUCUCGCACCUGAAAUGUCAGAUCUCGAACUCUAUCAAAUGUCCUACAUUCUGAUAUAGUAGUCUACGUUUAUACUUUUUAAUUAUUUUUUUUAUUUUUGGGGAUUGGGGAGUAAUUUAUUUGUUAUUCCGAGGUGGGGAGGGAGGACAUACAAGUAAGGGGGUGAAAAGCUAUAUAAAUUUUAAAAAGAAAGAGACGAGAAAAUGCUUUAGUUAGUUUUUAUAAUGAUAAAGGUUUUUUUAAGGGCGUUUUUAAUCAUGGUUUUGGACACUAGUACUGGUUAUCAGCCCUUGAUAUUUGUCCGUUUCUGUCAUCUACUUUGUGUGAAUGAGCAUAAAUUCAUUUUGAUCAUGAACAUUAAAAAUUUAGUUUGUAUACAUUGAAGCUUGCAGUUUUCAGUUAGCAUGGAAUCUUCAAAGCUGUUUAAGAAAUACUUCUAAGAAAACAGCAUUUAAAGAACUGGAUUACUCUAGCUUUGACUGCAUUUUGUGGUCCCAUUUUGACCACAAAAAAAAAACCCAGAAAGAAAAUCUAUGCAAUCGACUAGAACAGAUCUUCAUGAACAUUAUUUAUCACGAAUCUAUAUUAGUCAUUUUCAUGUGUUUAUUAUUCAAAUAUAAUAUGAAUUGGUUGUGAAAUUUAUCCAGGUAAAUGAUAAAAUGACAAUUGUGUAAUUUUACAUCUUUAUCUUGGUCUUCCUGUGGGUCCAAUAUGUAUAUUUUGCUUUUUACAUUUUUGUAAUAUUGUAUAAACAAGAUUGAUCAACUGUAGACACGCAGCAAAGAAUGAAUUAUCAAAAAAAAUUCUUAAUUCAAGCUUUCCAAUUCAUAAACCAGGGAAUACAUCUUCAUGGAACUACUCCAGAUAGCCAAUGUUUCUUAAUUAUAUGCAUUAAUACAAGAUACAAGAUAUGGUAUAAGAAUCAAUGACUGUAGUCCAAAGAAGAAUUUUUUCUUCAACUUUAUUUACAAUUUGCAGUUUACUACUUGCAGUUUAGGUGCAGUAAAAAUGUUCCCCCAAGUAAUACCAUCCAUUUUUUUAAAUAUCACAUCACUCAAAAAGUUUUUCCAAGAAUGGAUAGGUUGUUCAUCCUGGUGAAAUUAAAAAACAAAAGAAAGAUGAUGAUCAAGCAAAAAUACAUCACCAGUAUCCAUUUAUUAUAUUUUCUUUUAUCUUCUAAUCUGUCUCAGAACAUUAAAUAUGAUCUUUUCUCUUCUGGUUUGGAGAUGUUUUCCUGGGCAUUAACAACUGAAUUUACAUGUUAUAUAAAUUUAUCUCAUGCAUGAAAUACUGAAUUGUUUACAUAUUUGCUUUAUUGCUGGUAGGUCUGAAUUUAUGCUUAGUAAUCUAAAUUGAAAUAUAGAUAUGUAUCAAUAUUUAUGAAGCAUAUGAACCAUCUGACAAUACCUGUGUGUGAGCAAUUAAAUGGUACUGGUAGCUAUUGUAAAGUAAUUAAAUUCUACAACUGUAAAUAAACCCUUUGUACUUGGAAUUAUUGUAUUUAUUUUGUGCUUGUACACAGAGCACACAAAUAUGACAGGUGGUGCUAAUAAAUUUAUUUCAUGACAA